AUGACUAUCUCUGUCGAAAACCCUGUUUCUGUGCACGAGGAUUUUACAACACAAACGAAAACCGAAGAGUUACAAUCGGACAGUAGAAUUCCAAUGUCAACGAUACCAUCUAAUGAUGAAGUGUUUUUGGCUCCUGAGGUGAAUGCAUUUGGUCGUGAAUUCAGAAACUAUGAGGAUGAGAACAACGAGAGGCAGAAGAGCGUCGAAGAGUUCUAUAAAACACAACACAUUAACCAAACUCUAGACUUUGUAAAGAAAAUGAGACAUGAUUAUGGAAAAUUGGACAAGAUGGUGAUGAACAUUUGGGAAUGUUGUGAACUUCUUAACGAAGUGGUGGACGAGAGCGAUCCCGACCUCGACGAACCACAAAUUCAACAUUUGCUUCAAACUGCGGAAGCAAUUCGUAAAGAUUACCCUGACGAAGAUUGGCUCCAUCUCACUGCUCUUAUCCACGAUCUUGGGAAGGUUCUUACUCUUCCACAGUUUGGAGGGCUUCCUCAAUGGGCUGUUGUUGGUGAUACAUUUCCAGUUGGGUGUGCAUUUGAUGAAUCUAACAUACACCACAAGUAUUUUAAGGAAAACCCUGAUUUUAACAACCCAACUUACAAUACCAAAACUGGGAUAUAUUCUGAAGGAUGUGGACUAGAAAAUGUUUCUAUGUCAUGGGGCCAUGAUGACUACAUGUACAUGGUGGCCAAGGAGAAUGGCAGCACUUUGCCAUCACCGGGACUGUUCAUCAUCCGAUACCAUUCCUUUUAUCCAUUGCACAAGGCUGGAGCUUAUACUCACCUUAUGAACGACGAAGACAAGGAAAACCUCAAAUGGCUCCAUGUUUUCAACAAGUACGACUUAUACAGCAAGAGCAAAGUACACGUCGAUGUCGAGAAGGUUAAGCCGUACUACAUGUCAAUCAUCAAGAAAUAUUUCCCGGAAAAUCUGAAGUGGUGA